AUGUUCGUUUGUGGUGAAUUUGCUAAACGUGGCCCAGGAAUCGAUGAGAAGUAUUGGGCAAGCAGAGACAGAUCGAUGCUACAAGGAGGAGGACAACGUCCUUAUCAACCGCAUGUACAGCCACCAAUGCCACCAGGAGCAGGACAGCGUCCUCAACAGCCACGAGUACGACCAUCUAGCGGAUACAAACAAAUUGAGCGAGAUCGUGGCCGCUACGAUGACUAUCGCGAUAGGGUAAGCUUUCCACAUAGGGUGCUGCUUGAGGAUUUCUUUCAUUAUCGUUACGAAUUCUGUUGGUUUGCUGUCAAAACCGUGAUCGCUGGAAUACUAAGACAGGAGCGACAUCUGCUAGGCAAAACCUUCGAUUUACUACGAUGUGGUCAUUCCAUUAUGGUACUCUCCAUUGGAAAACUCCCACGUCCAGCGUUGAGGGUAGGGCUUCAGAAACUGCAAGUUACCACGAAUGGUCUUCGUCGUCACGAUAAACUCAGACGUUCCUCUGGGUCUAAUCUUAGCGUCAAGAUCUCCAAUGAUGAGCUUAAGGAAAGCAUGGUCUUUUGCGCCGAACGACGUCCCAUUCUAGUUCAAAACGAUUCGUCUGCAUCUGGAUAUGCGCAAUUUCGUGCCCUAUCCUCGCACAACUCUUCACUACAAACUCAGUCUUACCUAUUCCCACAUAAAAGCUCAACUCAACGUCGCGCUCGUGGAGAGCGUAUUUAUCGGUAUGAUACGGGACCAAUGAGGCGAACACAUCCAGAUGGAACUGUGACGAUCAAUCGUCAGGUCAUCUAUAUCACUGAGAAUAGAAGGCCUAGUAUGACGCUUCAUCAGCGCCUUCCUGGUCUCAUUAAAUUUACACAUAUCACACCACCACCGCCUUUCUCCACAAUGAUUUCACCAUUAUUGCGACAGCGACUAAAGAAACUUAUGAAAGAGAAAGUACCGCCCAGAACUGUAAAUCCUCCUAAGAUAUCAUCGCCCAUACCUGAACAAGAAACCCACUUCGAGCGCGGUAGUGUGGUCCGAGAAUAUGUAACACAACCCAGCAUAGUACCAUCUAGUGCUCGGGCGAAAGAUACGACUCACGAGAAUCAUAGUUAUAUUCGUCAUCCAACAAGUCGUGAGUCUGAUGGAAGACAAAGCACUUUGGCUACAACAUCAAUGACGUAUCGCAACCAAGGAUCUGCGCUAACAACAUCGCAGUACUCACUGAGACUCCAGCCAUACGUGAAGCAAAUAUCGGCCAAGCCUUUAGUAACUGACGCGGAACACUCGCUUCGUAGCAGCCCGUCGCCAACGAUUCGAAUUGAGGCAGAACGCCUAGAUAUUUCACGACCUGUUGUCAUAUCUGUCUCACCGAAAAAAGUCGAUUUUGACGAAGUACUUGCUAUCGACUCGAAAAUCUAUGACGAUUACGAUGAUACGUUCAACGAUUUGAACUUUGACAACACACAUCCUGAAGUAAACCUAGAGGAGUACUUCGUUUGCAUCAUAGUGAUGCUCACCUCUUUUAAAGCACUGGAUAUCUUUGUGUUAUUCAGCUUCCGACUACAGCGACGUCGGUACCGAUAG